AUGAAAAAACGGGCGAGCAUCACAAACGUCGAGCUGGAGGAAAUCGUUUUCAUAUUGUUGAACUGUCUGGACGAAGAAAAAAAAAAAAACAGAGAAAUUAUCAACACGCUUAAAAUAUAUCUCUUGUACCACAAGGGACAAAUCCUCAACUACGUGUUUUCCUUUUUGCAAAUUCAGAAAGUCAGUCAUGAAAAUCAAAAGUUGCUACUCUGCUUGGUUCACGACUUUGUUCAUUAUUGCAUUUAUAAUCGCUUCAGCAACACUGUUGAUGAGUACCUGGACGAGGUGAAAAGGAAUGAAACAGAAAAGGAGAAAAGGGGGGCCACACAAAAGAGGAAGACUCACAAAUUUAAGGACCUACACAUAUUUGAAAACAUUUUAAAGUACUCCUUCUUUGAUGGCGAUGAGUAUUGUUUUGUGUUUCAGGAUCUCCCUGAGGGGGAAUUUCUUCCAGACGCAAUUCCAGUGCAGGGUGACGCGGCAGAGGCGGGGCCUCUCCAGAAAGCAAAAAGUGAAAGAACCGCUUUUCCCCCAUUAGGGAGCCUAAACCCUGCAACUGAUGGGAACCCCAUGGAGAAAAUUAUAAGAAGAAGGAAAAAGAAAAAAAAGGGGAGCAUCUUUCAUCAGGAUAAAGUUGCAAAGCUCCUAUGCCUCAAAAAGGACGAAUACAAAACAGCUAUUAUAGGUGAAGCAAAAUCCCCCCAGAAAUCAGAUCAAUUCACAUCUCUGCAGAGGAACUUCCCCCACUGGAGCGGAGGGAGCCACACGCAUAAUGCAAAAGAAACUUCCGAAAUAAAUAACAUCAUCAGAAAUAUCAUUGACUUCCUCCUGAACGAAAUUUUGUUCAUUAAGAGGGACGAUGAGCGACACGGGAUCAUGACCAAGUUGCUCAUUCUGUGCGUCGUGAGGGAGGACGCUUAUUUGAAGAAGAAGCUCGUGGAGAAGCUAAACGGAUGUCUGCGCGUGCGGGGCGCUGCUGUCUCUGUGAGGGACUCCCACGAGGGGGAGCCAAAACCGACUAAUGAUAAAGCAUGUGACGGAAAUGUUCGCGACGGAAACGUGCGUGACGAAAAAGGGUGUAACGACAAACCGAAUGAUGACUUUCCCGGGAGGGGUAACCCCAAGCUGUGCGCCUACCUGGAACUCUACAUCGACCUCUUCACCCAAGUACCGCACCUCACCAAAAACGUCCUGAACGAAUUCUUCAACGCGAUCCUUUCUCUGGGCCACAGCACCAGGCAUACAGAUCUGACUUACAAAAUCAUGACCGAAAUAUUUAAAGACAUUCAGUUCCCCUCAGUUCUCUACACCAUCAUCAACAUGAACAAGAAGUAUAAGAGGAAGAACUUUAUUAUCCCAAAUGAGCACUACACUAAUGUGUACAUAGAAAAUGACAUAAUUCAUUUGUCUCUUGAAAACACCAGCGAGGAUACCUGCACAACGUAUACCAGGGAGUCGUCCCUAAAUUCGAACCUCCCGGGGAAGAAUAGCGACAAUAUUAGACAGGCCAACGUGCACAAACACAGGGAAGGGACAAUGAAAGGGAAAAUCACGUCCUGUGUGGACCACGCCUCUGAACACACAUCGAAGAAUGCAUCCCCACGUGACGUAUUCUAUGACGCGCACAAUGGGGAACUGGGGCGAGAUGGGUGGGAUAUGCCCCAUGGAGGAGAAUGCUCACAAGAGAGAAGCAGUGAUAGCAGGACCGAGUCUAGCAGGGGUGCCUCCAAAGGUAAACACGAUUUGGUGAAGGCCUUCCAGAGAGAAGCUAAACCAAGUGAGCAUCCUUCUGAAACUUUUCGCAACGAAUCGGAAGGGUCAGAAAAGUACUACACGGUUAAGAAUUGGAUGGAAGAGGCAGUCUGCCAGGUGCCAAAGGGAAGUGGGAGGAGCCGCAAAAAUAUGGGUGAUUUCCUACCUGACAAAGCAUCGCGGCCCACCUCCUCUUCUUCCUCCUCAUCAUCUUCUUCGUUGACCUCCUUUACCGCCAAUGGCAUCGGUGAGAAGGAACGAAAAAAGACGGAAGAAAUUAGAGCCGUGUGUACAAAAAUGUUAGCCCUGUACCUUAAAAUACUUCCCAGCCUGAAGCAGAACAGCGAAAAUUACCACAAGGUCCUCUACAUCAUAUCCAAGUUGAUUCUCUACAUAAGCAAUAAUGAAAUGAUGAAGCAGGUGAUAGAAGUGUACAUCCAUUACUUCCUCGUUUUCUUCCAUUCGACCAUUAACAAUGCUAUCAUUAGUGACAUCUCAACGGUCUACAAUAAGGACUUACAGUUGCAAAUUAACUACAAUAAUGUAAAGGGGUUGCCACAGUACAAUAUAAUUAAUAGCUUCCGAAGCAUUCUUCAAAAAUGUCUGACCAAGAUACACCUCAUCGUCGGAUUCGCUAACCACAUUCUCAAAGUAGCAUAUACAAUUCUUAUUAUAAUGAUUAAUCAAAACUACACGAUGAACAAUGCCAAGGGGGUUCUGACUUACAUAACAUCCAAUGUGUACGUUUCUACCUUUAUUGAAACCAUGGAGUUAUUUAACAUUUUUAUAACGUGUUCAUACACAAAUAACCUUGUGUUUAAUUUGAUCAGGGAGAGGGUGAAGUCUAACGUAAAGGUAGAAGUUAUGGUUUCACUCACAUUGUUGAAACAGUACCUUUUGCUCAUAUCGGGGGAUAUAGGCAAUGGAAAUAUUGUCCAUUUGUCAAACCAAAACAUUAGGACCAAACGAGGUGCUUACAAGAAAAGCUUCAAACGAUUAAACAGCUUCAUCAAUGACACGAAUAGAACUAACACGAGUAGAACUAACACGAGCAACGUCGAACUGGUCAUACAAAUCGUGGCAAAUUUAUCUGAUCGCUUUAGUAACGAUUUAAGUAUCAUUUAUAUGCUUUUAGAAAUUGACCUCAUUUUGUCGUAUCACCACCAUUUUGAUUCCUUCUCCUUCAACCCCAGUGUCAUACUCGGGCUACUCCCGAGGGUUAGCAGCCCCCUCUGCGACUUGUACAUGGUGUCCGAGGGAACCCGCGCCACAAGCGCAAGGGGGAAGAGUGAAAAAUGUGAAAAAAGUGAAAAAAGUGUUAAUGGGGAGAACGGAACGGGGGAAGCCAGCCCAAGUGGAGAACACACCCUUGCCCCCAAGGAACACCAGCCGAAAGACCAACCGAAACAGCGCAUAAACACCAUGGGGUAUCAUGGCGAGGAAAUUAAAACGUGGCUUCUCAUCCCCAACAGACACGUGAUCAAAAUAAUGCACUUCCUAAUUAACAUCCUGCUGAUCGAAGAAUCAAAAUUUAAAAAGCAAAAUAAAAAAUAUGGUUACUCAGUUGACGACAAUGGAACCAUUAUAGACAUAAACAACACAUCCAAUGAAGUUUUAAAAAACGGCUUUGAACAUAACAGGAUGUUUUUUGACGUACAUUGGAACUUUUUCAUUUUCAUGUACCCUUCAGUUCCUUACAUAAAGAAGCUAAUAUCGCUUGCAUUUGAAAAACAUUUUUGUUUCUACUCUCCUAGAGUGCUGUACCCCCUGCUGUUCGAAUUAUUGGUAGACGUAAAAAGAAGCUUUAGAAUCGUAAUUUCCAUUUUGAAGGCACUAAACAUUAUGUGUAUACUUCUACACAAUCACAUGAUGAAGAAACACUUGAGACUUCACUCCAGACUGCACUACAAUUACUUGGUCUUGCCAAAUAUAAGCAAUGUUAUUUCGGUGCUGUUUAUGUACUGCACCCACUCCGAUUUUGUUGUUUCCUUCCUCAGUCUGCAACUCAUUUCUAUCUUGAGGAGCUUCACUCAAGGGAAGAAGAUCAUCUCUGUGCAGAGCUUCACCUACUUUGAGUUGCUCCUGAGUUUUGUGAGAUUAAGAAAUCAGGUUGUGGCUUGCAACGGGGUGGCCGCUCCUCUCACUGGGGAUAGUCUAUACAGCAGAAGAAUCCUCAAACACAUAAUUGCACUUACCAGAGGGGAGAAGAAAAGACCUCUAAGACAAGUUGCAGCUGCGAAGCGGGUGCAAUACUACCGCUCUUUAAUUAAAAUGAGCUACAGGGAGAUGGCCAAACGAAUUAGCAAUAGAGUGCUGAACGUUUCUUUGAAUGUCAGAGGGGGGGGUCGACGCAAGAGUUGGCGGCGCAAAAUCCGUGCCAUCACCAGGCACUACUUUAACGUGGAUUUGGACACGCUCGUCCCUCGCCAAGAUGGGAGCGGAAUGGACGUGACAACCGCGAGUGUGAUCCCCGCGAAUGUGAUCACCCCGUUUAGCCUUGACAUGGGGGGGUUGAUGGGCACGAACGUCCAGGGAAACGGUGAGGCGAGCACAUUCCCCGCCGCCCUGGAGUCCAUGAGUUGCCGCUUCACUCGAAUUCUACGACUGAUGCAAACCAUCUUUAGCAGCUACGUCAAAGUAGAGAUAGACAGGAUAUACAAUUACCACAGUUACGUGACGACCUUCUUUUACUCACUGGUCGAGUUGGUUCGGCUCAUCAAAAGCAACCACGAAUUUGAGAACACACUUAUGUACCUAAGUGUCUUGAACCUACUAUGCGUCAUCAUCAAGCAGUUCAGUGAGAAGUAUGCAAAUAAAAUGAUUACCAUUUUUUUUAAGCUGAAUGAAGAAGUACCUGUUAAUGAGGAGGAAAAUUUGUUCCUAACCCUUUAUAUGAAUUUCUCCACUAUAUAUAGAAGCCAUUUUUUUAAUUUAUACAAGGAAAAGUGUACCACUCCUUAUAUGAAGAAUUGUAUUGAGUGUAUUCAGUUAAUGAGAGCAGACUACUUGUCCUCCAAGAGGACUAAUGAGAAUCAAUUAGAUUUGAACAAUUUCAUUUUGUUAUCUAAUAAAUACAAUACUGAUGUGUCUAGGGAGAAAAACAUUCGCCGUUUUCUACACUACUUGAAAAAAUACCAGACUGUUUAUAGAGCAAGAUUGCUGCAGUUGGGAGUUUGCUCCGAGGGGGUAACCCAUCAUCAUGGUAAAGCAGAAAGAGGGAACAAUGAUGUAAAGAGGAAUCCCUCAGCAGCAGGAGAGAGAUCCAUCGAUGGGGCACAAAACAAUGGAGUACAAUCAACUACCCUACAAGUGAACAACCAAGAUGAUUUGAAAAAACGUCUUUAUCAAUGUAAUGAAGUGGUGAGGAAAUCCUACCAACUACUGGAAGACAAACUAGGAUCUUACAUCCUCCAAAAUGAUAUUAGCUUCCCCAUAAACAAACAAUUCCAUCAGGACGUCACUGCCUACUACAUACAGAGCAUACUUCAUAAGAACAACCUCUACCGGGUCCUCUUCCUGCUAAACAAUAUAUACCACUCAGAUGUGGCUAACAGAAAAAGUAGCGCCUUUUCCAUCUUUGGGAAAUCAAGCAAUGUUAUUAAUUCGGAGAAUAUAAGAAGCACGUUAAUACUUACCAUGGGGAAGUGUCUGAGGAAAAUUCCCUCCUCAAAAGUUCGAGACCUCUCCAUAAUGCGAGAUGUGUACAUGAACGAAAAAAUAUUUGUUAUUUAUAUUAAAAAUGUGUAUGUGCCUUUAGUUAGGUAUUGCAUCGCUUUGGCAAAUGCAAUGUACGGGAAGGACGACACAGUUUUGAAUGAGGAACAUAUUGUGAGAGAGGUGCUCUCCAACAAGCAGAAGUACGUGGAUGCGCGAUACAAGGACGAGAUAAAAAGCAACGCGCUCGUUAGGAGGGACAUCCUCUCUGGGUUUGAAAAGGAGGGAAGAGGAUCUUCUUCCCCGUAUAAAUUAUCACCCAACAUGGAUGGUAACGUGCAGACCCUGGAGGGCACACCUACCGCCAACAGGCCGCACACAGCGAAAGGUGCAGAAGACAUAUGGAAACGCCUUCUGAAUGAAAAAAUAAAUCUACUGACGUUCCAACUUUUAGUCGACCCAAUUAUCUGCUCCCUGUACGAAGAAAAGGAAACGACUCUACAGGCAAAUUUGCUCAGAGCGGUCAAAAUGGUGUCGAAGAAGAUAAAGUGCAUUACGGCACCUGGUCGGGAAGAAGCACAUAGGGAUAACUCCACUAAUGGACGUGGAGAAAAUUUUGCAACUCCUCCCCCAUACGCAGUCACUAACACGUUGGACAUGCCAACACAGCGGUGCUCCAUCCAAGAUGUGUGUAAUCAUUACUUGAAAGAAAAUGUAAAUGACAUCCCUUUUUACUCCUGCCUGUACAUAUACAAAUAUAUAAUUAUCCACUGGGCUCUGUACUACCUAGACAACUUUAAUGACCAGACGCUUCCCAUCAGCAACAUAACCUUUACCGGGGUGGGAAAAUUUGCUCUUUACUUUAAACAAGACAAGAGUAUAAUUACAAAUAAAAGCGAACACCAAGUUAGGGAAGAUUUAAAAAAGAACAGAUCAAAUGAAGAAUGGAAGAAGUAUAACAUGGAAGAGAUGGACCUGGAGAAAGAACAACACAUCAUUGACAGAAUUGACAAAUGGGGCAAAAUGAUGAACUGGGAAUGCAAAGAAACAUACAUAGAAGCUUCAGAUAAAGUAAUUUAUAAUGAUUAUUUUUCCGACUUGGUGAAGGAAAGGGGAUCAAAAAAUGAAUCCAAACAAGGUGAGACAACCCCGGGGUACUCAACCCUGAGUGAGCCUCACCUAGACAUACAAAAUGAUACCUACACAAAUUUGAAGAAUGCAUUGAAGAGUAUAUACUACUGCCUUGUUGUACGAGAACCCAUGCAGUUCCAAUCAGCAUUUAUCAUCGUACAUGUCUUAACAAACUUGCUCUUGAAAAUUGUGUUAAACGAGAAGAAGCAGAUCUAUCGCAAGUGGCACGAGAGUGCGUCUCCAACAAAAGAUGCAAAUGAGUUGGUCAGGAAUGAACACGUGGACAUGAACGACUCAGUUGUAAAGUUGGACGCCUCUCAUAUGCAGAGUAACCAGCUUAGGGAAAAGCACAAAAAGAAAGGGGCCAAUAUUUCAAAGAGGAAGAGAAAAAAAAAAAAAGCAAAGAAGAAGACCGAAAAGGGACAUAAUGAAGGACACAUAAAUGUUCCCCUCCGAGCGAAUCAAUGGGACAAAAAAACGCUUCACGCGAACAGCGAAACGUUCCGGAACCUAAGGAAGUACGAAGGGGAUGCCUUGUCCUGCCUGAACUUCAUCACAUCCAUCAUCGUCAAAGCCGCCCUACAUAUCAAUAGCUUCCCCCUGAAGUUUAAAAUAAUUAAGUACCUACAAGACACAUGCGUGGCGACAAACAUAGCAGAAGUUAAAUUCUUAUCCUUCCGGAUCAUAUGUAAGAUAGUUAUUAAUGCUGCUAGGGUGAGAAGCCCCAACGGAAGGAGGGGAAGAAUGGUGCCUCUCGGUCAAGUCCCUCACGAUGGAGCUCCUCAUGAGGAGGCCGCUCAAACGAGUCACCUCAAAGCAUGUAGAUCAAGUGAAAAAAAGAACAACUAUACAGAUGAAGUAAAAGGGGACAAGUCCAAACAAAAAGGAAAUGGGAUUGAAGCAACCUAUAGAGGAGGGAAAGAACAUCUAAACGACCACGAUGAGAAGAAUCUAUCAUCAUGCAACUCCUCAAACAUUGACAAAUAUUUCAAUUUAAUUUUUUCUUCCAGUGGGAAUAUAUCUUAUGGAAAUUUUGUCGAUGCAAAUGAUGAGAGCGGGGGGACGCCAAACCUAUAUGAGGGCAACCACCAGAGCGGUAGGGACAGCGAAAAAAGUGCACAUGGGGGGGAGCCAGAUGCACAGAAUGACUCAAGCGAACGCUACCUCGACAGCGUCAGCAACGCAGAGGGUAACGCGAUAAAAGAAACAACACAUGAAGGAGUAGGCGGCAAAAUCCUGCAACAGAGGGGAGGAACAGUUGUACGUGACGAACACAGUGAAGCAGGGAACUUAAACGACCACACGGGGAGCAACAAAGGGUCCGACUCCAGCAUCAUGUAUGACCCCUCUGAUGGUGACAAUUCUCCAUGUGUGGAUCCAUCAAAGGGCAAGACGCGAGGGAAAAGUUUAUCAGAAGGAGCGGUAGACAAUAUACCACACAUGGAUGAUCGGGGAUCCCUCCAAGAACAAAACAGUGAAGCACGAAACGAAGCGAAGAGUGAACGAAAUUACAUGUGCGAGUGCAUAGGGCUUCUCAUCCCUUACGUUAAAGACCCUGAAAGAAUCAUUAGCUACUUGAGCGUGUGCUCCGUCUGUGCACUACUCGCAAAGUUGCAGAGGGGAAGAAUUCUGUCCAACUCGCACUUUGUUUACUUUUUUUUCAAUCGAAUAGAAGUUAUUUUGGAUGUUCUGUUCAACUCGAAGACGAAUAGACCGAGAGGGAGAAAGGCGAAGAGGGGGGUGCAAGGGGAAAGGGCCAACUGGGAGGGGCAACUUGAUGGGGACAUUAACAACACCCUGGAUGAGGACCCCACCAACCAACCGAGCAGCUGCGCUGCAUAUUGCGAUGAGCACCCAACCGAAGAAACGUUCAGAGAUGAGGGAGAGGGAAUAAACGAGAAGACAUGCGGCACUGAUGGGGAAGAUGAAGUAGCAGAAAUGACCUGCCAAGGGGCAGAAGUUAAGAAAGAGGGUCUAAAUGGUCGCCAUCUGCGUCAACCUCACCAGCAGCAGCAGCACCACCGUAGGUGUAGCCCCCCAGUCAUCCCACGGCUGAGUUACAAAAAUAUCAGGAGCAAUAUGUGCACUGUAGAAUUGCACAACAAGUUUCACUUCAAGGUGGGACAGAGGAUAAAGGAAAUCAACCUGGGAACAUACCAGACCCGUUUUAUUAAAAGACUGGGAGAGCUUAUCAACAAGGAAAGGACAGAAAUCAAUUUGUACAAAGUUAUAAGUGAUGUGAUUAGCCAGGUGCUUUCCAGCCAGGAGAAGAAGUCCUAUGUCAACUGCCUCAUUAGUUGUAUUCAUAACAAGAACAGGCAGGUGGCCAUGAGUGGACUCAACCUUCUUAUGUACCACACGUGGACGGAACCAAUCAGCCAUCAGGACAUUGAUAUAAUUAUGAAUAGGGUCCUUAAUGAAGUGCACUACUACACGAAGGUGAGUGUUGUGAACGCCCAAGGGCAGAGCCUCCCAAGUGGGUCCUUCAGCAAAGCGCCGACCCCCCGGGGCACGGACGACCCGAACAACACGCUGGAGGCAUACCGCAAUAUGUGCAAGGCGCAGCAGAAGGUUAAGGGGUCAACUGAUGACCGAAGCAACGAGCAAUGUGACACACGAAGCAACGACCAACAUGACAAACGAAGCAAGGAACCAAACAUCCUCGAGAGGGCCCUACGUAUAAUCCUCCUGCUAUGCAAAAAACACCCCUACGUAGUGGUGAACAAACUGUGCACACUCAAGUCCAAGUACAGUUACGAGCAUGUGUACUUCAUCUAUAUGAUUUGUAACAAUAAGACCUUGCUACAUAAAACAAUGGAUUACCUGUUUUAUCUAAUGAACAGCCUAGACACACUUAAGCUGACCAAGAACCUGAGCAACAUCCUUUCGUUGGUCUUCCACUUCCUCAAAUUUCGAAAUGGCUACAUAAGGGACUACACAAGGAGGUACUUUAUUGAGUUAUUUAUAAUUAUGUUUUAUGUCCUUGGAGUGAAGCAGCUAGGUCAUAUGAGUGGGGUCGUGGGGGGCACUACUCAUGCCAGCUCAGGCAAGGAAGAUAAAAAAACAUUCCUCCCAAGUCGAUUACACGAUAAGCAGCACACUUUUGAUGAGGAAGCGCAACUGGGGGAGAACGUCACUGAGCGGGGCCAAGAGGACAAGACGGAAGUGGCAAAGGGGGCCGAUGCCCCAGAAUUGACGGAACACAUAUGUGAAGCUGACCAAAGAGAGGAUACAAGUAUGGGAGGUGCUGAAGGGGUGCAGGUAAGGAGCGGAGUCACGGGACAAAGCGAUGCGAACGGAGCACCCACUCGGAGUAGAAGCUCGUAUGAUGCAAAUAGCCAGGACGCCACCCGCCCACGUGAAGACAGCGAUGACACCUUUGAAAAUAUGAUCAACGGGUCCCCAUUUUUUCUUAGAAGAAAUAGCAUACUUCGCAGUCGGGACGUGAAGAAGGUCUCGAAAAGAGAAUUCAAUAAAAGAAUUUACCAAAAUUACACCUGCAGCAUAAGCGUGAAUAAUACGCUGAACUGUUUGAGAAUUAUAAAGGAGUUGCUAAAGCUAAAUAAAAAAAAGAAGAUCCUAAAACGUAUAGAGGAGGGAAAGGUGGAAAAGCUCCUAUACUACAAGCACUCUUUCGAAAACGGGUUAAUUGAAUUGGUGCACAUUUUUUUGAGCAGCCUCGGGGGUGGUAUUUCCAGACGGAGCAUCACCAAGGAGAGUAGCGUGUACGAGGACCCCUACAAACGUGGCCACUACAGGAAGGUGUUCAAUUUCUUGGAGAUUUUCCUCAAAAGCAAAAACCUAAAUUACGUCAUUAUUUCGCUGGUGACUCUUUCGCAGCUCCUCCUCUGCAUGCGCAUAGAACCAGAAAACUUGAAAUUAGUAGAACCCAUAAUUAACGUCCUUUACCAUGUCAACUGUACACACAAAAAAAACGACGUGGUCACAAAGUAUCUACAUCUGUGUUUCACCAACCUGUUUAUCAUUUUUAAAGAUAUUAGGAAGUACCAAUUCGAAAUGGGUUCAGAACCCAUCCCUCUGUUAAUCAAAGAAGAAUACACCAUAAACAUACUGAACUCUCUUUUUGUAAACCUAGACAGUACUGACCGAAACAUAGUUAAGGUGACUUUGAAGGCUUUCAAGGAGGCAUGCAAGUAUGCUCGUGCAGCAUGGCCGUCUCCCCUGUGUGCUUCCUACAUCAACAUUUUAACCACCCCCGCAGUUGUUCUUCCCUACUUGAAUAGCAGUGAGCCAGCGGAGAAGAUACUCAUGUGUGGGAUUCUGCGUGAGAUUUUUAGGACCUUGCGUUGGGAGAGGCUACGUAAGGGCGGGUCUGGAUCACCCACUCACGAAGACAACACUCAUAAAAAAGAGUUGUCCUCGACAACCACAGAAACAGCGGGCCUACAGAAGAAGCACGUGUACGAAAUUGCCACCUACCUCAUGAUCCAUCUGGUCGACAAAAGGAAAAAUGUCUCGACAAACGUGUGGGUGGCUUUGAAGGAGCUCCUCAGGUGGAAAUUCUCUCACCAUGUAAAUGAAACGUUGUUAUAUUUUGAUCGCAAGCUGUUCCUCCCCAGCGGGUCCGAAGUGGACGACAGGGUCAGCCGCAUCAACACACAGAGGGAGCACAUCAAAGGGGAGGGUGAAAAGGUGACAACAGGGGGGGCGGACUACGAGUACUUCGCGAAGGGAUGCUCUUGGGAUCAGAAAAAUGGCUCAAGGGGGGAAAUAAGCAUCGGGGUGUUAAGCGGCGUUCCUGAAGAUAGAUCUACGGGUGGCCACAUUAACCAUGUAGAGAAAGUACAUUCGCAGAACGUGGCCCCUUAUAGUAGGAAUACCACUGGGGAGCGGCUUAAGGAGGGGAAGAAGAACAAAAGACACUCAGCUAACAGUGCUGCGAACAAAUCGGAUGAAGAGAGUGACAUGAGUCAAGCGUACAGUUCGUCUGACAUAAAGAACGAUAAGAUCAACGCGUACUACUAUAAACUCCUUGUGGAGAUUUGCAUCCCCCUUAUUAUAUGCACCGACACGAAGGUGUCUCUCAAGAAGAAUCUGUUCAUCGAGUUGAAUAGCUACUUGUACAGUGCUGAAUUGGAUUCAAACGAAGAAGAGAAUAACAGCUUGCUGAAUGUAAAAAACGAGAGUGAAAGAUUGCACCAAAUAUUUUUUACUAAUCUGAAGAUGAACCUAAACAACAUCAACAGCGUCUACAGAGCUUAUAUUAUCCUACUGAGCAGCAGAAUUUAUUUGGGCACAAAUAUAUGGAAUGCCAACAUCCCAAUUAGCGACGACAUUGAAAAAAUGAUAAGUGAGUAUGAAGUGAAAAGCACCAAGUCUAGAGCAGAGCAUGUGCUGUUUGGGGACUUGCGAAAUUAUAUGCACACGCGGAAGAGAAGAGAAAGAAUAGAGAGACGUGAGAGGAAGAAAAACCAAAAGAAAAAACAAAAGGAUGCUAGUGGGGAAGAUGCUAUGCAAAAAAGUAUCACCUCCGUUUUGACGGACUCCAUAUUGAGCACCCUUUCUGGUACCUUCAACUAUUCUUACGACGGCGCCUUUUUUAACAGCCUUAGUGCUAGUGGCAGCGUUGGCCCAGAAUAUAACCAACGGGGGAAGGAUUCAAUAACUGCGGGUGCCAAAAGAGACACUCACAAUUGCAGCAGAACCGAGUCGAAGCAUCAGGCCAUUCAAACCGUUAAGACGACAGGUGAUUGUUCUGCUCCCCCGAAUGAGAAUUCGUCUAGCGGCGCCGAUUAUGCGGAUGAUGCAGAUGUGCGUAAGGGAGAACAACCAACAAAGGGCCCUUCUUCCCCUCAAGGUAGGGUUACAAGCACGCACAACAUAGCAGCCCGCGAAGAUGGGAAGGACGUUUGUGCGAUAGGACCAAACGGAGGGCCAACUUGUGAUGAUAGACAAGGGGAACAGCUUAAGUGGGAAGCGCCGCUGGAAGACGCACAUGGUACCCCCCUCCAAAGAGAGUUCCCCUCCUUGGAAUAUAAGAGAAGCCGCUCAUUCGAUCCGGGGGAAAGUUUGUCCAAUGAGAACUACGCUAAUUUUAUUUCGAGCAGCGACGAGGGGGAGGAGUUAUAUGUGGGGGCGGCAUUGGGGAAAGAUGCAGGUGACGAUGCCUCUGACAAAGACGCAUCAGUAAAAGGUGUUGCACCCCCCGCCGAACUGCUCAACUAUAUGCCGGGAGACCGAAACGUGAAGCAAUUUCUGAGGCGGAAAUUUGCCAAAAUAGCUCUCCUCAACCAAAAGUACAAUUUCGUAGACAAUUUUAAAACAGUGCUGAACUUAAAAUUGGAGACAAGUCUGUUGCAGUGGAUUGAAGUGUUGAAGUUUCUGAAGGAAGACCCCCCUGAGUUCGUCCUAUGCAAGGAAAUCAAAGGUGCUCACUUAUCUGAUUUUUUCGAGCCCGCUUUAAUAUGCGCACUGGCAGUUAUCAAAUUCGUUUCGCUCUCAUUGGAUUGUAAGAAACUGCAUCGGGUCACCUUCAAGAGUAUGAAGAGGGAAGCUCAAACCACAGGGGACGCACAAAAUUUACAUGUAAAUGUGGUCGGAGGAGGAGAAGAGGUGUCCCAGUCCUACCUGCAGGAUCAUAUGGAGGAAACAUAUUUCAUUCAGUUGCUGUCCAUUUGCACCAAACUGGAAGCCCUUUGCUCUUCCAUCAGCAAGCAGCUGUGCGCCUUUUUGCAGGAGGAGCGGACGCCGGAGCACUUGCCCAUCAUUAGGGCCUUGGCCACGCUGUCCAUCUUGAAGCCGUCCCCUUAG